AUGACCGAAACAGUUCUUGUCUUCGGUGCGACGGGUAACAUUGGCGUAGCAGUCAUUAUCGGCGCUCUGCGCGCCAAGCGCCAUGUCAUCGCUGUUGUGCGCAGUCAAGCUAGUGCCGAGAAGAUGUUUAAGUACGUCGGCAGUCGCGACAACAUCACCGUGGUUGAGGCCGAUCUUACUUCUGAGGACUCUCUCCGAGGAGUCGUCGACCAAGUUAGGGCUGGCAAACUCCCUGCCUUCCAGCAUGUUUGGGCCUCGCCUGGUGGACUCUACUGGGAGACCCCAAUUUUGGAGAUUGACCCAGCGGCUCUCCGCGAGGUUCUCAAUGUCAACUUCGAGUCGUACUUCUAUGCCUAUCGCGUGACAGUCCCAUACUUGCUUGAGCAAGGGUUUGCUGGCAGCACUUGGACCUUAUGUACGGGUGCUCAGGGCGACUAUGGUUUCCGCGCUGCUCCCGCAGUGACGCAGGGUGCACUGUUUAGCUUCGCCAUCGCUGCGUCUCGGGAGAAUGAGAAGACGAACAUCCGCUUUAACGAGGUUUACCUCGCCUACCGAGUUCAAUUUGAAGUUGAUGAGGAAACCAGAAAGGCUUGGGCUGGAGCUCACUUGACCACCUGUGACGAGUUUGCUCCGUUGUACCAGCAGCUUCUGGAUAGAGAGGAUAUCAGGGGCAGCAGAGUCAAGGCCAUUACUCCGAAGGAUGUCCUGCAACUCUCCGUCGACAAAAGAUACAAGGCCUGA